AAGAGGGGGCGGAGCCGGGCGGCGAGUCGGGCGCCCCCCAAUCUCCGCCUGGGCGCGGAUACGGAGAGAGGGAGAGAGAGAGGGCAGAGAGGCAGCCCUGCCCAUGGCGCAGCGCCUCGUCCCCGCCGCGCCGCCGCCGAGCGCCCUCCAGGCAGAAGCCGCGGCAGGAGCGGCAGCCAGGCUGGGAAGCGGCGCGGAGUGAGCCCGGCUCGCCUCUCGGAGCAGCUCCCUCGCCGCCACCUCGCCUCGCUGGGGCAUCUCCGCUCGCUCGCCGCGAUGCUCCCGCUUCGUCGCCGGCGGAGGAGGCAGGCGCUGCUCGUGGGCCAGCUGGGCGCCCUGGCCUCGCUCCUGCUCCUCGCCCUGCUGGCCGGAGACCUGGCAGGCCAGCAAGACGCCCCCGUUUAUGAUAUUCUGAACUCUGCUUUGGAAACCAGUGACAAGUGGGUUGGACGAAGGCUACAGCAGGAAGCGGAGGAGAACGUCACAGAUAACCCUGAAGAGACAGGGCAUCUUUAUUUCAAAAACUGCACUGAACCAGCUCUCCAUGAAUUCCCUAGUGACAUCUUCACAAAUGAGGACCGGCGGCAUGGAGCAGUAGUUCUGCACGCCUUUUGUGCUGUCUACAUGUUCUAUGCUUUGGCUAUUGUCUGCGAUGAUUUCUUUGUUCCUUCAUUGGAAAAGAUUUGCGAACGUCUGCACCUCAGUGAAGAUGUGGCAGGAGCAACAUUCAUGGCAGCUGGUAGCUCUGCUCCAGAACUGUUUACAUCUGUCAUAGGUGUGUUUAUCACAAAAGGAGAUGUUGGUGUGGGAACAAUUGUUGGCUCUGCCGUGUUCAACAUUCUAUGUAUAAUUGGGGUUUGUGGCCUCUUCGCGGGGCAGGUUGUUGCACUGUCAUCCUGGAGCCUCAUGAGGGAUUCGUCGUACUAUACCUGUUCUAUUAUUGCACUUAUUUUGUUUAUUUAUGAUGAAAUGGUUACUUGGUGGGAGUCCUUAAUUUUAGUGCUGAUGUAUGUCGUCUACAUUCUCAUCAUGAAGUUUAAUUCCAAUCUACAACAUCUGUUUGAAAGGAGGACAAAGAAUGCAACAAACAUGGUGAAUGGAUUAGCAAAUAACACAGAGAUGGAUGACAAUAGCAAUUGUGAUGCUACAGUGGUAUUAUUAAAGAAAGGUAACUGUUCCAGAAAUUACCACCGCAAAGCAUCUGUGAUCAUGGUGGAUGAACUGCUGUCUGCAUAUCCACACCAGCUUUCCUUUUCAGAAGCUGGCCUCCGGAUAAUGAUAACAAGUCACUUUCCUCCCAGAACCCGACUCUCCAUGGCUAGUCGUAUGUUGAUCAAUGAGCGGCAGAGGCUAAUAAACAGCAAAGUGUACACCAAUGGAGAAUCGGAGGUGGCCAUCAAGGUCAAGCACACUGUGGAGAAUGGGUCAGGGCCCAGCAAUUCUGCUGACAGAGCCACAAAUGGAACCAGAAGGGAUGAGGAGGCUGCUGUGGCUGGAAAUGAAACAGAAAAUGAAACUGAUGACAAUGAAAACAAUGAGAAUGAUGAAGAGGAGGAGGAGGAAGAGGAUGAGAAUGAUGGUCCUUACACACCCUUUGAUCUACCAUCUGGCACGGUGGAAAAGCUCAAGUGGCUGUUUACCUGGCCUCUCUCUUUGCUCUUGUAUUUCACGGUGCCCAACUGCAAUAAACCCCGCUGGGAGAAGUGGUUCUUGGUUACAUUUGCCUCCUCCACAAUCUGGAUUGCAGGCUUUUCCUACAUCAUGGUGUGGAUGGUUACAAUAAUUGGCUACACCUUAGGUAUUCCUGAUGUGAUCAUGGGGAUAACGUUUCUAGCAGCUGGAACCAGUGUCCCGGACUGCAUGGCAAGCCUUAUUGUAGCAAGACAAGGUAUGGGGGACAUGGCUGUAUCCAACUCCAUUGGGAGCAAUGUUUUUGACAUUCUGAUUGGCCUUGGCCUUCCAUGGUCUCUGCAGACCCUGGCAGUAGACUAUCGUUCCUCCAUUAAGUUGAACAGCCGAGGACUUAUUUAUUCUGUGGGUUUGCUGCUGGCCUCAGUUUUUUUCACGGUUUUCGGUGUCCAUUUGAAUAAAUGGAAGCUGGAUAAGAAGCUGGGGUUUGUGUGCCUUUCCCUCUAUGGCAUCUUCUUGUGUUUCUCCAUCUUGACAGAAUUUAAUGUCUUCACUUUCGUGAAUUUGCCCAUGUGCAGAGAUCACUGAUCUCAUGGACAGACUGCUGAGAGGCGACGUCCUUCUUUACCUGUGCAAUAUGAAACGUGGCUGGCAUCUCCAAGCAGGAAGAGGUGCCCCAUGAAGGCCGUGAAGUACACCUCCUCACUGUUCAUCAGCUCCUCUUCCUGUCUUGGCUUAGCCUCUAAGCCGCCCCUUCACACAUACAGGCACAAACUUGGAAACCUCCUGCAUUGAUGUGAAGAUUUACAGACUCAAGACACUCUGAACCAUGGAUGGCAGUCUAAGUAAAUUAACUUCUACCUGGCACUGAGCUAGAGAAGCUGAACUACAACCGUUUUUUUUUUCUUUUUUAACUUAUUUGAUUGAAGACUAAUCUAAUUUAUGAACUGAGACUAUAGCUAGGAUACAAAGAAGAAGGUACAAUGUGUUGGGUGCUUUCUGAGGAAAAGAGAAGGAAUCGGUUUUAUUCCUUUUUCCCAAACAAGCUGUCUUGCAGCUUCCUUGCUUUUCUGAAUACUCAAUUUCGUGGGAUGAUCCAAAAGCCACAAAUGGCACUGUGGGAAAUGAGUUCCAGGUACUUGUUAAUAGAAAUGGACCGUGUACUUUGGAAAGAAACCAUGGCGGCAGCGCAAAGCAGCUUCCUUUCCAGAAAUAAUGUAUCACUCAGUGAGAUGUGAGAGGACCUCUAACUGAAUGAAGACUAUACAGCUGAAUACUGCUGCCAUUUUCUUUUCUGAAACAAAACAAUUUUAUUGCUAACUUGUUUGUUGUAUUUCCGAGCAAUAGUUUUAGAUUUACCAGCCCUGGAAAGUUAAUGAGGUGACGUCCUGCUUUUAACUGUCAGUCAUUUGAAUUUGAAAUGCAAAGCCAGGCAUAAAGCCUGGACAGGACUGACCUCUUGUGGUUUCUCAAUAUUUAUAGUUUACACAGCACUUUUAGAUUGAAAAAUGUUUUAUGACCCUUACCUUGUCUGUCCCGGAAACAAUCCUGAGAGGUAAGUCCUUACAUUCCCAUAGAAAAUAUAUUUCAAAUGGGGGAGUUGAGGUUGAGAAAGAAGGAGAAUGAUGUGCCAAAGGCCAAUGAAUUCAUCUAGGACUAAGCUAAGGUUUGAACCAAACAGUCUGGACUCCAAAUCAAAAGCCAUCCUCCUGAAUCGCCGGGCUGGCUCUCAAUGUACAGGAGACAGAGAACAGGGUGGGCAGGGCAUUUCAAGUCACCUUAUUCAUUGAGAGGAAGACAUCAUCACAUGGAACACAUUUUUAAAAAAUAGUUGUAGACACUGGUUUCUGAAAGGCAUAUUUUGCACAGAUAUUAUUGCUGAGGUACCCAUUGCCACUCUGCAGAGGAUACACUGGACCUGGGUAGGUUUUAAUCCCCUCUUCCGAAAGACUCCGACACAAUUUACUGAGAACUUUUCCUCUGGAAGCUUAAUAUUGGGAGCCCUUCUGAAUGGAUUGUGUCCUCUUCUUGAGACAAAGUUGCUUUAAAUCUGUGUCUUUUUGGAGGUUGCUGGGUAUUAAGUAGCUAAGAUGGCUGUGAAAAAAAAUUCAGUGUCCCAUUGGAUCCUAUUGUGAUUUGGUGUGGUUUGUUCUGUUCAUAUUACAAAUGCAUUACACCUCAGGAGAAAUAGCCAUCAAUGUCUCACUUGCAUAGUUAGCAGAACUGUGCAUCCCUGGUUGUCACAUUCAGCACUUGACAUUUCUGUUUAAGAUGAUGUGUACGUUUUAUUUGCAAUGAGGGAUUUCCCCCAGACAAAUGUUUGACCUAUAUUUUAUCUGUAACGUAUAAAGAUCACGAUUAAUAGAGAAGCAGCAAACUUCUCUGCACACACUUAUAUACACAUCUAUUGACCCACCAAUUUGCACUUUUCCAUAUGAUUAUUUCAAAAUGAAUUUCCUUGGGAUAAAUAGUGUUAAAUAAAAUUUUCUAAUCUACAAUU